CAGCGCCUGACAUAUCGAAGUUGCCUAUUUCUCUUUGUUAUUUAGACAUUUCCGACGUUGGUUGAGGAUGGAGAAAACAGGUUAUACGUUCAGUCAGCAAUAUGAGGAAAAAAUCCGCCCUUGCAUCGACACUAUCGACAAUUUACGUUCUUUGGGAGUCGAAAAGGACCUGGCGUUGCCUGCCAUCGCCGUCAUUGGAGACCAAAGCUCAGGAAAGAGUUCUGUUCUGGAGGCGCUGUCAGGGGUAGCGUUACCCAGGGGUAGUGGAAUUGUUACACGAUGCCCUCUUGAGAUCAAGAUGAUAAGAACUACAGGCGAGGACAAAUGGCAUGGGAGAAUCAGUUACAAGAACUAUGAGGAAGACAUUGAUGACCCAGCAGAAGUGGAGAAAAAGAUUCGUGAAGCCCAGGAUGAGAUGGCUGGACCAGGUGUUGGUAUUAGUGAUGAUCUCAUCAGUCUGCAGAUCCAUUCUGCCAAUGUUCCUGACCUCACUCUCAUUGACCUUCCCGGGAUUGCACGAGUGGCAGUCAAGGGUCAACCUGAGAAUAUUGGAGAUCAGAUUAAGAAACUGAUCAGGAAGUUUGUUACAAAGCAAGAAACUAUCAACCUGGUUGUGGUGCCAUGCAAUGUUGACAUUGCGACCACAGAAGCAUUGCAGAUGGCUCAGGGGGAGGACCCUGAGGGCGAAAGAACUUUAGGCAUCUUAACAAAGCCGGAUCUGGUGGAUAAGGGCACUGAAGGGACAGUGGUAGACAUUGUGCACAAUGAGGUCAUUCACCUUACUAAAGGCUACAUGAUUGUAAGGUGCAGGGGACAAAAAGAGAUUAUAGAUCAGGUCACUCUUAAUGAGGCCACAUUAACAGAGGAUGCCUUCUUCAAAGACCAUCCUCAUUUCAGCAAACUCUAUGAAGAAGGUUUUGCUACUAUUCCCAAGUUGGCUGAGAAACUAACAAUUGAGUUGGUUCAUCACAUUCAGAAAUCCCUGCCUCGUUUAGAAGAACAAAUCGAGGCGAAGCUCGCUGAAACACAGAAGCAACUGGAGGCAUACGGCAACGGACCCCCAUCAGACCCUGCAGAAAGACUGAGCUUUCUCAUUGAUAAAGUUACAUCUUUCACACAUGAUACCCUCAAUCUGACCACUGGAGAAGAGGUGAAAUGUGGAUCAGAUUUACUGAUUUUUCCAGAACUUCGUGAAGAAUUUGCAAAAUGGAAUGUCUUCUUGGAUCGGUCUGGAUAUUCCUUCAACGCAAAGAUUGAGAAAGAAGUUGAUAACUAUGAAGCCAAAUAUCGGGGAAGAGAGCUUCCAGGAUUCAUCAAUUACAAGACCUUUGAGGGGCUUGUCAGGGAACAGAUCAAGCUGUUGGAGGAACCUGCAUUAAAGACAUUAAAGACUGUCUCUGAUGUGGUUAGAAGGAAGUUCAUCCAGCUGGCACAGUUCAGCUUCAUUGGAUUCCCUAAUCUUCUGACAACAGCAAAGACUAAGAUCGAAGCCAUCAAGCUGGAUAAAGAAUCAUUGGCAGAAUCCAUGCUGAGGACCCAAUUCAAGAUGGAGCUCAUUGUUUACAGUCAAGAUGGCACAUACAGCCAGAGCUUGAGAGAUGCAAAGGAAAAGAUGCAAGAGGAUGAAGACACUGGAGACAGUUUGAAUUGCAUAAGCUUUAGCACAGACAGUCAUGCCACCUUGCGAGAGAUGAGGUUGCACCUAGAGUCCUACUACGUGAUUGCAAGCAAGCGGCUAGCCGACCAGAUCCCAAUGGUGAUCCGCUAUAUGUUGCUCCAGGAAGCAGCUUUGGAGCUGCAAAGGAACAUGUUGCAGUUGCUGCAUGAUAAAGAUGGUGUGGAAAACCUGCUUAAAGAAGACUUUGACAUUGGCCAAAAGCGGGAGAGCUUACUGAGUCGACAGAAACGUCUGAUGAAAGCACGCAGCCUCUUGGUUACCUAUUAGAAUUCACUUCAUAUAUAGUCGAUUUCAACAAUAUGCUCAUGAGGUUAUAGCUUGAAAUAUUACAUUUACAUUACAUUUUACAUUUAAUCAUUGAAUCAUGCUGUCUUGCCCCAUAUAAUACGCAGUGUGUCAGGAAUUUUGGGCAUCCUAUUUGACUGUAGCUUAAAGUUUGACAAACCGGUCACUGCUGUUGUCAAGUCAUGUUUUCUAUCAACUUCGCCUACUUAGCAAAGCCCUUUUCAUCCACAUGAGCAAUUUUGAACUACUGUAAUUUGCUGUAUAAUGGCAUUUCUCAGGCUUCCAUCUCUCGUCAGCAGCUGGUACAAACGCUGCUGCUAGACUAAUCAAAGGGAAACACAAACAUGACCACAUUUCUCCUAUUUUAAUUUCUUUGCACUGGCUCCGUCGAGUAUCAGAUUGAUUUUAAACUCAUUAUUUGCCUACAAAGUCCUCAAUAACCAUGCACCUCAAUACUUAACUGAUUUAUGGGUCCUGCAUACCCCUUCUAGAACCUUAAGAUUUUGUGACCUUGGCCUACUCACUGUCUCUAGAGUUAAACUUAAAAAUCGUGUCUAUUUCGCUUUCGCUAUACUGCUGGACCGAAACUCACUUGGAAUAGCCUUCCUCUUUAACUUAGGCAUGGCCCAUCUAUCACUGCUUUUAAAUCCUAUCUUAAGACAUUUAUUCUCCCUGGCUUUUUAACAUAC